AUGGAUGUAUUAGAAAAGAAAGGCAGCAUCUCAGAUUAUUGGGAAGAAAAUAGAUUGGUUUCCACUCUAGGUAUAUCUGAGGUUAUGUCGAAAACCUCUUUAUGGCCAUAUAUGGAUAAAUUCAUUUCUCCCACCCCAAUGCUGUUGAUGAUAGUAAUGACAAAUUUUACAAGGUGCGCACGUGGUCUUACAGUAUAUGUCCUGACAUGGAAAGACGAGCAUAAUAUAUCUAUACUGACAUCAAAGAUUACUAAGGGAUGUAACAUGGUGCCAUCAUUCACAAGGAGAAGAGGAAGGUGGGUCAAGGGAGAAGUUAGUAAACCUGAGCUUGUGCAACUCUACACCAAGUUUAUGAGAGGAGUAGAUGUAGCGAAUCAGCAUGUUGGUACUUCAAAAUAGGACAUGGUAUCGACAAGUGUUUUUCCAUUUGAUGAGGGUGUCUCUUGUAAAUGCACACAUCAUUCAUACUGAGCUUCACACGGUAGCCUCAAUGCCACAGAGGAAAUUCCACUUGGAAGUAGCCACUGGACUCAUCAAUGGCAUGAUGAUGAACAAUCACAAACGCGUCAUUCUGAAUCCUGAUAUUAGACAUGAAAGGGAGAUGGCUCAUGCCCCACAGCUGCUAAGUACAGCAUCAUGGUGCACUGUACACAAACAGAAGUGUGACACAAAGUAUUCUUGCAGGGUGUGUAAAGUCAGGAUGUGUCAAGAUCCUUGCUUUUUCAGGUAUCACAAUAUGGUCAACUAUGAAUAUGAUGAUCCAUCAAAGGCAGGCAAGCCAAAUAAGAGAAAGUUAAAGAGGAUUUGUGAAAACUAGGCUGAAGAUAAGAGACUGCACAUGUACCAAUAAGUCAAUUUAAGUCAAUGAAUGAAAGAAACUUCGUCAGGUGAAUUGGUAAGGCAAGAAUAGUGCAAUUAAUUUGUCAAACUGAGUAAGCCUCCAAACUAAAAUACAGUGCCUCAUUCGUAUGGAGAGUGAGUUAAAGGCAUGGUUUGAUGAAAUGAAAUGCAAAGGUCUGUAGAAUUCUCAUUUAUCAUACUAUCUGACUAUAUUCCUCACAUAGCGCAAUCUCUGCAUUAGUCUGUAAUACUGGCAUAUGUAUUUAGGUCAUCAUACAUCCAUCAUAGCACAUGAAAUAUGGACUGAGUUAGUCAGGAUGUGUU